AUGGUAAAUAAUAGUUCAAUGAAUGUAUUAAGUAAUACAAGUAAUUCGAAUAGUACAGAUAUUUAUUCUGUUAUAAGUGAUGUAACAUUUUUGGGUUAUUAUAGUUUAUCAAUGGUAAUAAUAGGCACAAUAUUUAAUGUUUUAACAUUUUUUGUAUUAUGUCGACCAGCAUUUCGUGAUACAAAAGUACGUCCAACAUUACAUUAUAUGCGUACAUUAGCAUUGAUUGAUUUUAUAAAUGUCUAUGGAUGGAAUUUAGAUCAUUAUUUACAACUUGUUCAUGGAUUUACUUUGAAUGAUUCGUAUACAGUUGCAUCAUGUAAAAUCUUUUCAUUUCUUAAUUAUGUGACACUUCAUAUUUCAGCAUGGUUACGUGUCUUUAUUUGUUUUGAUCGAUAUUUAUGUUUAAGUCGUCUUCAACCAAAUACUUGGUUCAAUAAAUCUAAAAGUGUUCUUAUCAUUAUUUUUGGUACAACAAUAUUUUUUAUGCUUUUUAAUUUUCAUCUUCUUAUAUUUGUUUGUUAUCGUGAUGAUAGUGGACAAAUUGUUCGAAGUUCAAAACUUUAUGCUCUUUAUCCAAUAUAUAAUCAAAUUCAUUUAGUAAUUUACAUUGGUAUUCCUUUAUUUUUUAUGAUAUUAUUCAAUAGUAGUUCAAUUUAUCAUCUCAUUCAAUUACGACAUGCAACUAUUGUACAAAAUUCACGUAUACGACAUCGAGCCAUUUCAAUAACAAUUAUAUUUACUACCUGUCUCUUCUUCCUAACAUGCGCUCCCUCAACAAUUUCUUAUGGUUACUUUUAUAAUACUUUAGCUGCAACUGUUACAGGUCGCCGUUUGGUAAAUGCAUUUGAUUCAAUUACUUUCACAUUUCCUGUCUUGAGUUUUCCAAUUUAUUUAAUAACAUUCAGUGAAUUUCGUCGUGCAACAUUUGGUUUCGUAAUAAGGAAUAGAGAAAUUCAACCAAUAACUAAUGGAACUAAACAGCCUCAUGUGACAAACAUACAACUACAACAUAGAUCAAACACACAUCAUUUGAAAUAA